UUUUGGGGGUUAAAAACGGGUAUUUUGGGGGUUAGAAAUGGGGAUCUGGGUUAAAUUGGGGAUUGCUGACUGAAAAAUGGGGAUUUGGGGGGUCAGAAGACGGGGUUUUGAGGGUGGCAGUUGGGGAUUUUGGUGUUAAAAUUGGGAUAUUUGUGUCGCAAAGUGGUGAUUUUGGUUGAAAGGGGGUUUGGUGUGUGAAAUGUAGGUUAGGUGUUUUAAAAAUGGGGAUUGGUGGGUUUAAAACAUGAAAUUGGGCUGAGAAAUGGGAAUUUCUGGGGUGAAAAGAUGGGAUUUUGCGGUGAAAAAUGUGGUUUUGUGUCAAAAGUGGGGAUUUCUGGAGAUAAAAAUGGGUAUUUUCAGUAUGAAAAAUGGGGAUCUUGGUUAAAUUAGGGAAUUCUGUUUGAAAAAUGGGGAUUUUGGGGGGUAAAAGUGGGGUUUUGUGGGUGAGAAAUGGGGAUUUGGGGGUUAAAAUUGGGACAUUUGUGUCAAAAAAAAGGGUGAUUUUGUUUGAAAGUGUGGCUUUUGGGAUGUAAAAUGGAGGAUUAGUGUUUUAAAAAUGGGGAUUUGUGGGUUUAAAACAGGGAUUUGUGGUGAAUAAUGGGGAUUUGGGGGAGGCAAAAGAUAGGAUUUUAGGGAGAAAAUGGGGAUUUGUGUCAGAAGUGUGGAUUUCUGGGUUAAGAACGGGUAUUUUGGGAGUUAAAAAUGGAAUAUUUUCAGUAAUUCUGUGGAUAAAAAAAGGGUAUUCAUGGUUGCCGGCACCAGCACACUCCCCCAACCCGGAACCAGCCAAGAGCUGGAAGUCAGCACAAGCGCACUCACCCAAGCCGGCACCAGCGCACUCACCCAAGCAGGCACGAGCACGAGCACCCAAGCCGGCACAAGCCAAGAGCUGGAAGCCGGCACCAGCGCACUCACCCAAGCUGGAAACAGCGUACACACCCAAGCCAGCACCAGCUCACACACCCAUGCCGGCACAUGCGCAAUCACCCAAGCCGGACCCAGCGCACUCAACAAAGCCGGCAACAGACAAGACAUGGAAGGUGGCACCAGCGCACUCACCCAAGCUGGCACCAGCCAAGGCCUGGAGGCCGUCACCAGCCAAGACCUGGAAGCAAGCACCAGCGCACCCACCCAAGCCAGCAACAGCCAAGGACUGGAAGCAAGCACCAGCGUACACACCCAAGCCACUACCAGCCAAGUGCUGGAAACUGGCACCAGCGCAACCACCCAAGCAGGCACCAGCCAAGGCCCUGAAGCUGGCACCAGAGCACACACCCAAGCCAAUACCAGCCAAGGCCUGGAAGCCAGCACCAGCGCAACCACCCAAGUCGGCACUAGCCAAGGGCUGGAAGCUAGCACCAGUGCACCCACCCAAGCUGGCAACAGCCUAGGCCUGGAUGCUGUCACCAGUGCGCCCAAACAAGCCAGCACCAGCCAAGACCUGGAAAUCGGCACCAGUGCACCCACCCAAAACGGUACCAACCUAGGCCUGGAUGCCGGAACCAGUACACCCACCCAAGCCAGCACCAGCCAAGAACUGGAAGUCGGCAGCAGAGGAGGCCUGGAAGGAGACACCAGUGCACCCACCCAAGCCAGCACCAGCCAAGGCCGGGAAGCCGGCACCAGCCAAGGCCGGGAAGCCGGCACCAGCCAAGGCCUGGAAGCUGACACCUGUGCACCCACCCAAGCCGGCACCUGUGCACCAACAGAAGCCCGCACCAGCCAAGGCCUGGAAGCCGGCACCAGUGCACCCACCCAAGCCAGCACCAGCCAAGGCCUGGAAGCCGGCACCAGUGCACCCACCCAAGCCGGCUCCAGCCAAGGUCUGUAUGCCGGCAACAACCAAGGCCUGGAGGCCAGCAACAGCCAAGGCCUGGAAGGCAGCACCAGUGCACCCACCCAAGCCGGCACCAGUGCACCAACACAAGCCCGCACCAGCCAAGGCCUGGAUGCCGGCAACAGCCUAGGCCUGGAGGCCAUCAACAGCCAAGGCCUGGAAACUGGCACCAGUGCACCCACCCAAGCUGGCACGAGUGCACCCACCCAAGCUGGCAGCAGCCAAGGCCUCUGGUGAGUGGGCGGCAGGGUGGGAGGGGGCUCAGCCCCCCCAAGCCCCGAGGGGACGCACCUCCGUGUAGAAUGUUAAGGCGGGGACCUCCCUCCACCGCAGCUCAGGGUACUGCAGCAGCUUCUGCAGGUGGCUGAAGAUGUGGCUGCACUGACCCCGGCAGGUCCUGGUGAGUGGGCAGCAGGGCGGGAGGGUGCUCAGCCUCCCCAACCCCCCGAAGGGACGCAGCUCCAUGUAGAACGUUAUGGCGGGGACCUCCUUCCACCGCAGCUCGUGGUGCUGCAGCAGCUUCUGCAGGUGGCUGAAGAUGCGGGUGCGCUGACCCUGGCAGGUCCUCGGCAUCGUCCUGCGGGGCGGGGCGGGUGGGUGAGCUCAGGUGGGGUCCACAGUGGGGGAGACCAGACCAGCCCAUCCCGCCCCACAGCGUGCUCUCCCAUUGGCCCACCAGGCCUCGGCACCCCCUGCGCACUCCCGAUCUCGUUCCCUACUCAUUUCAGGAGGGCGGUGUGUGGGGCAGUGCAUGGGGCAGCGUGUGGGACAGAGCGUGGAGUGCCGCAUGGGGCAACAUGCGGCGCAGUGCAAGGGGCAGUGUGUUGUGUGGGUCACUGUGGGAUGCUGUGUGGGGCAGCGCGUGGGAGGGGCUUGGGGCCGUACCCAGUGAGGGUGUGCAGGCCGCUCCGCCACGUGGCAGCACCCAGCAGCCGCCUCCACAGGCCGUGUCUGUCCAUGCAGCGUGCCAGCUGGUCCAGCUCCGCGCACAGCAGCAAACUGCGCAUCACCUCCAGUGCCGUCCUGCACGGAAAUGGGCAGCGUGCGGUCAGGGGGCAGCGAAGAGCCAGGGGUCAACAUGGGGUCAGGGGUCAGUGACGGGCACGGCGGCGGUACCUGAUGGCAGGGGCGGGCGUGAACGGGUCCUUAUCCACAGUGGUUUCCUCCAGCGGAGCGAGCUCCCCAGACGACACCAGCUGAAAGAUGAGCGCCACGAAGAGCUCCGGGAAGAACCUGCGCACCUGCGUGCUGUACCUCCGGCACUGCAGGAUCUUGUGCAGCGCCAUGGCCGCCUGCAGAAAGCAGCCAGGCAGCGCUCAGCACCGAGCCGCUCCCCCUGUGGUCAGGGCAGGGGGUUCACCGGGGGCCCCUGAACUCACAGUGUGGGGAAGCCCGCCGGUCUCAGUCUCGUGGUCCAGUGGCGCCAUCUCCAGCAGCUGCAGCAGCUCAUGCAGCAUCUGUGGCACCACGCUUUCCAGGGACAACGCCAUCUCCCACAGUUCCCACGUGUCCCUGCUGCACGGAGCUGUCCUCAGCAGGAGCUCCUCUAUGAGUGGGGUGGAGGUCUCUCUAUGAGUGGGGAGGGGGUCCAGAAGGACUGUGGGCUGAGGAUCCCUCUUUGCAUCGGCUGGGAGUCCCUCUCCACAUGGGGUGGGGGCAGGCUCAGUCCUCGGGCAAACAGCUGCCAGUUGCUCCCAUCGUCGGGCGUCGGGUUGAGGUGGACCAUCAGCACGGUCAGCGUGCUGGUAGCCAUCUGGGUGUUGUAGUUGCUGCAGUCCGUCAUGUCCCGCAGCGCCACAAGGAUGAGGUCGGUCUUCUCUGAAGAGUGGAGGUGUUCCACAAAGCUCUGGGGUGUGGGGGGGAAGGCAACAUGAGCCGUGUUCCCUCUAUCCCCGCCAACCCCAUGGCCACGAGUCCCAGCGUGGCGAGCUCUCCUCACCAGCGAAAUGUUCGAGGUGUCGGUGGUCCCGGAGAGGGUCAGCUUCCCACCGCUUGACUUUGUCCUGCUCCUCCGACCGCGCUUCCCAUCCUGGAAAUGAGAAGAAGCCACGGGUGUGCGAGAUGGGAGCACCGUGCGGGCAGUGGGACAGCUGCCCCCACCCCGAGCGCGGGGCCGUGGGGCGCAGCUCCCCGACCCCAUGGGGUUCCGCUCCUUGGCUGCUCGCAGCGGCAGCCGACACAGCGCCAUCCACGCUCGGCCCCGUGGGACGUCUGCGACGGACGGAGGCGGUCAGCAGCCGUCGCCUUACGGGUUCUCCCCAGGAUAAAUGGGUGGAGUUGACGGAGAGCUUGCAAAGCAAAAAAGCGCGUCCCGUCCUCCUGGUAGGUGCAGCGCAAGAUGAGGCUUCCCAGCAGCUGCCCCAGCACAGGCACGUGGAGCUCUUGGAAGCGGACCGAGCUGCUUUGUCCUGCGGAACAAUGGGGCUGUGCGCAGAAAGUGGAAGGCUGAGUGCAGCCCCCGGUGAUGGGAGCGGGGUGGGCAGAGCGGGACUAAGUGGGGUGGGUGGUGCCUGCGAGCACCUGGGGUGGAGCGGGAGGUCACCGGUGUCCGUGUCGGGCGGUUGCGUGUAUGGCUGUAAGUGGCUUUGUUGCGCAGCAUUAAAUUGGCGUUCGGAGCUGGA